CCCUGAGAAAAAAUUCCUCACCGCAGAACCCUAAAAUCAAAACUGUAUUUCUUUUCCUUCUCAACUCCAGCCUCUACUCUCUCCAUCUUCAACAAGUUUUGAGAGAAAAUCAUUCGCGUCUUCAUUUCAUCCACCGAGAUGUCGUUACUAGACCUCAUCAAAGAAGCCGCCGCCGCUGCUGAUUCUGAAACUUCAGUCGAAUCAAAAUACCCAAUAGUUUUAAAUGCAAUUCCGAUUCUCAGCGAUUUGAAAGCUGCAAAAGAUGACACAGACGAUAUUAAACUUAUCAAACGUGUUGAAGGAUGGAAGGUUUCAGAAACCGAUACAGAAAUCAUUGAAUCAGGUAACAAGUUCACCAAAAGAUUGAAAAAGAAGCUGAAAAAUCGUAAAUCCUUUAAUACAGAUGAGUUUCUUGAGAUUUUGCAUUCUUUCUUGAAGAAAAUCGUGGAUCUAGUUAAUCUAUCUGAUGAUGAUCUUUCGAGUUCUGUUUGUUUAAUGCUAGAAAAAUCAGGUGUUUUUAUUGGUAAAAAUCUUUUGAGUUUGAUACUGGAAGCUUCUUUAAAGCUGGAGGUAUGGGACGUAUUGAAAACCCUAAUUAUUCAAGGAGUAACAUGUGUGGAUUUGGUUGAGAUUUUGGUGAGGAAACAAAGAUCUGAUUUGCUUUGUUUAUGUGUUAAACAUGUUUCGGAUAUUCAGUCUGAUGAUUUUGUGAGUAUUUUCAAAUACUUUCUUACUCUGCCUAAAGUUUCGAAAAAGAAUAUGGUUGGUGUAAAGGAAGAUUGGGAAAACCAGGCUAGUUUAGCUAUAGAGAGUUGUAGUAGUAGAAAGAAUGACAAGUCUUUGUUGGCGAAGGAAGCUUCGCUAUUACUUUGGGUAGCUUAUGAUGGGUUUACACCAGCUGAGCUUUGUUUGCAUUAUUUAUUUGCAAGUUCAAAUCUUGAUUCAUUGACAUUGUCAUAUGUUUUAUCAAGAUUGAAUGGGACUGAGAUGUUGAGUUUGAUUAAGUAUUUGGGGAAAUGGUUGAAGAAAUAUGAGAAGUUUCCUCAAGCAAAUCCGUGUCCGAAAGCGGGUAAGAAAUUGGGACUGAAAGCUUGUGAUUGGGUUCCUUCACUUAAAUCAAUUGUGAAGUAUCUUGGAUUGGUUUUGGAUGAACAUUUUUCUAAAUUGGUAUUGUAUACUGAGUUUCAAGAGGAGUUGAGAUUGAUUAAUGGAGUUGUUCAAUCUUUAGCAUCGGAAGCUAGAUUAUGUUGCUCAGUUGCUGAUGUAGUCGAGAACUUGAAGCUGGAAACUCAGAGUCAAAGGGAUGCUUGAAGGAGGGAAUGCAAGCCAUGGUGGUGGUGCAGUGGAAAAGGCACCAGUGUUCCCUACAAGGUACAGUUCUUCAUUGGUCAGCUGUAUAAAAAGAGAAUUUAAACGGAAGAGUUGUGGUGAGUUGGUGGAUUAACCAAUACAGGUUGUUGCUUCUGCAAGCAACAGUCAACAAGAAUCAGUAGACUAUGUACUCCUCCACUGCAGCUACACACAGAAAAUUUGGGAGUUAGGACUACCUCAUUGGCAGCUACAAGGUGCACUGGAACUGUCCAGCUACUGCGCGAGAUCAGCUAGAACUUAGAAGCUUGGGACAAUCCCAAAGGAAGGCAUACUGGCAGACAAAUUUGGCCAACUUUUCUGUUGGACAAUCUAGAGAGUCAGGAACUAAAGGGUAAUGGCUUUGAACUAGUGACACGUUUGGAGGACAUACUAGCUGAGA